AAAUUUUCACGAAAAUAAAUUUGUCUAUAAAGUUCAAAAUUUAUUUCAUUUUCUUUUUAUAGGACUUGACUUGGAAGGCAUUUUUCGCGUAUCCUCACCCAAAUCAAGAUUGGAUGAACUCGAAUUGAUGGCUAAUAGUGAAAAAAGAGAUGAAAUAGUUUUUCAGGAUGCCCACGAAGCGGCAGGUUUACUUAAACGCUUCUUACACCAUUUACCAGAAAAUAUGGCUUCUCUCAACCAGCACAUUUUGACACAACAAUUGAAGCCUAGAUUUGAACAAAUUGCUAGUGAAUGUAAAUGUAAUUAUCAAAAUGUUUGUGCCUGUCAAUGCGCGUUACAGCUAAAGAAAUUAUUAUUACAACUGCCUACAGAAAAUUAUUAUCUUUUGGGUUAUAUAUUCAGACAUGCACAUCUCAUUAUACAACACGAAUCUUCAAAUAAAAUGGGUUUGCCUGCUAUAGGCGUUUUGCUUCAUUUAAUGUUUAAUUUGUCGCAACCUUUAGUCAAAACAUUUUUAUUAAAUUCAAUCUCAACAAAUGUUUGUGAAAACAACAACAACAAUUCCUCUGAAGCAAAUGAACAACAACAAACAUUUAUUACAACAACCGCUUUGUUUGAUGUUGUGGACUUUAAGCCAUACGUUAAGCCUAAAAGCAUUGAAGAACUUCGAUUGGAAAUGCCUAUAACUUCUAAACAAAUUGAAGAAGAAAUACUUAAACAACAAAAUUUACUUGAAUAUUUGCACGAACACAUACAACAAAUGCGACAACAUUCAAAUCAACAAGUUUUAUUAAAACAAAAAGAAGACGAAAUGUGGGCUGUUCAAACAGGCAUAACUGUACUUAAAAGAAAAUUAAAAAAUUUGACAGAAGUAUUAGAAGGUUCUGUUUCUAAAGAAGUUUCUAAAGAAGAAAAAGGAGAAGAAAAAAUUGAAGAAAAAAAUAAUAAUAAGGAAGAAAAAAAUUUUUGUGAAGAAGAAGAUGAAGAUGAAAUUGAUGAAACAAAUGCUAAACUUUUAGAAAAACAAUUAAUUGCUUCAAAAUUGUCACUUUCAAAUGAAAUUGGUGAUGAAAAGAAAGCUAUUGUUCGGUUAUUGUCUGAGUUGCGUGAGUUGAGGAAUAAAUUACCAGAAUCUGAACAAAACUUGCUAACAGAAUCGCAAAGGGCUACAAACAAUUUAUCGCAACAACGACCAUUAAAAUAUAUUGUUCCCAACAGCAAUAAUAAACAACAUGUUGGAAGCCAAACAAACAAGGAACAAAGAAAUGGAGAAAAAGACGAUAAUACUGAUUGGGAACAACUUUGUGCAGAAGAGGAGAGGAAAAAUGCUGAAUUGUUAGCCGAACUUAUUCGUUAUAGGCGUAUUUGCUCUCAGCUCCGAUCACGAUUAGAAUAUGUCACAUUACUAGUAAAUUUAGAGAAAAAUAACCAACAUCCAACAAAAUUAAUAAAUGAUUUUGAAAAUAAUAAUAAUAGCUCAACUACACAAACAGAAGAUUCCGCAAAUUUACUUAUAACAAGAUUCUAA